AUGGCAGAUACAGAGCAAGUGAGAGCAGACCCUCACGGUCAGGGCGGCGAUGCGUCAACGAGAGGCAAAAAGAAGUUCAUACCACUAGAGAACAAUCCCGAGGUUAUGUCCUCGCUCGUCCACAAACUUGGCCUUUCAGAGAAGCUCGCCUUCCACGACGUCUUCAGCAUAGACGACCCAGAUCUCCUCGCUUUCGUACCUCGCCCGGCACACGCGCUACUGCUUAUCUUCCCCGUCAGCGAUACGUACGAGAAGUUCCGGAUUGAAGAGGAUUCAGACAAGCCCCAGUACGAUGGUUCUGGACCGGAAGAGGAGGUAGUAUGGUACAAGCAGACGAUUGGGAAUGCUUGCGGCCUGAUCGGGCUUUUGCAUGGUGUCUCUAAUGGCGAAGCGCGAUCACACAUUGAACCAAACACCAACCUCUCCAAACUCUUAGCAGACGCAAUACCCCUUAAACCAGCGGCCCGCGCCGAGCUGCUAUACGAAUCGCAGGCUCUUGAGAGCGCACAUCAAUCCGCCGCCAGCGGUGGGCAGACGGCUGCACCGGCCGCCGAGGACCCAAUCGACCUGCACUACGUCUGCUUCGUCAAGAGCGAAAACGGCCACCUGUGGGAGAUGGACGGGAGACGCAAAGGCCCAAUCAAUCGAGGUUCGCUCGACGCGGAUGAAGAUGUGUUGAGCGACAAAGCGCUUGAUCUUGGUGUCCGCAGCUUUCUGAAGCGGGAAGCGGAAGCGGGCGGUGGUGAUUUAAGGUUCAGUCUCAUUGUUCUGGGACCCGCCUUGGACUGA